AUGGCGCAUCAACUGGCACCGUCUGUAAAUUGUUCAUUAGACGACAUUGACCUCGGUGCACUAAAGGACCCAGCUGGUAUCUUCGAACUUAUUGAAGUUGUGGGAAAUGGCACCUAUGGCCAGGUGUACAAGGGCCGCCACACAAAGACAGGUCAACUUGCUGCUAUUAAAGUUAUGGAUGUCACACAAGAUGAAGAGGAAGAGAUAAAGCUUGAGAUAAAUGUCCUAAAAAAAUACUCUAACCACCGUAACAUUGCCACUUACUAUGGAGCAUUUAUUAAAAAGACCCCUUCUGGUAAAGAUGAUCAAUUAUGGUUAGUUAUGGAGUAUUGUGGUGCUGGAUCUGUGACUGAUUUAGUAAAAUCAACUAAGGGCCAAUCACUGAAAGAAGAAUGGAUUUCAUACAUUUGCAGGGAGAUUUUAAGAGGUCUCAGCUAUUUACAUUCUAACAAAGUUAUUCAUCGAGAUAUAAAAGGACAGAAUGUCUUACUUACUGAUAAUGCUGAAGUAAAACUUGUUGAUUUUGGUGUAUCAGCACAACUAGACAGAACAAUUGGUAGGAGAAACACAUUUAUUGGUACACCAUAUUGGAUGGCACCUGAAGUAAUUGCAUGUGAUGAGAACCCUGAUGCCACAUAUGACAAUCGCUCUGACCUCUGGUCUCUUGGUAUUACUGCCCUUGAGAUGGCUGAAAGUCAACCACCUCUUUGUGAUCUUCAUCCUAUGAGAGCACUUUUCCUUAUUCCAAGGAACCCGCCGCCCCGUUUAAAAUCUAAAAAAUGGGCAAAGAAGUUUCACAGUUUUAUUGAAACUGUGCUUGUGAAAGAUUAUCAUCAACGACCUUACACUGAACAACUUCUUAAGCAUCCCUUUAUAAGGGAUCAACCAACGGAAAGACAAGUUAGAAUACAACUUAAAGAUCACAUAGAUAGGUGUAAAAAGAGAAAGCAAGACAACUCAGUGAGAGAAGAGUACAAAUAUUCAGGUUCAGAAGGUGAAGAAGAAGAUAAUGCGGUAGCAGGUGAACCAUCUUCCAUUGUGCAUAAUGCCGCUGCACAUCAGACUAGUGAUACAUUAAGACGUAACUUCCAACAAAUACAAGAAGGAAGUGCUGGUGCAGAAGGUCAACCGCAACCUCCACCCAAAAGAAACAGUAAACGCGAGGAGCGAGAGGAAAUUCCGGAGCCUGGCCCACCAGCAAGGCCAUCCAUUCCACAAAGACUGAUUGUUGUGCCGGACCCACAGGCACAACAGCCUAAUAGAUAUAGGCCUCUACCCCCCACACCCAAAUCGUCGGGCUCAUCGAACAGCUCCGGCUCUAACAACGGUACUCCCCCCGCCAGUGGUCCGCAACCGCCGCAGCGUGGCUCACAUCACAUGUUCAAACCCAUGCUUCCUCCGCGAAGACCAGAGGACUUGGACAAACUGGCCGCGCAACUUAACGAACUCGGCGUUGUGUCGGGUAAUGAUCCACCGAAUCGGCCGCCACGGGCGCCUACUAAUGGACAAGGACCACCAUUGGAAAGAAAUCCACCGGAGCCGCCAUAUGAAGACUCUGACAGCGAUUCUGAUGCAGAAGAAAGCGGGGGAAGAGUUCGCAAUGAUGGUACUCUGCUUGCCAGUGAUCCACCUAAGCCACUGCCGGGGCUGGCGGCGGUGGCCGAGGACGGCGCGGCGGCGGACGGCGCGCCCACGCGCCCGUUGCCGCCCACGCCCGACGACGACGCGCACCCCGACCGCACGCUCGUCAUGAAGCGGAAGGAGAUCGCUGAAAGCGAUAAAAGGCAAUCCUACGUUGACGAAGCUGUUCUGCUGAAGGAUUGGGACUUCGCUAGAUUUUUUCCUUCAAAGUCCAUAGAAAAAGAGGAAAAACAAGACAAGUCAAAGGAGACUGAACAAAAGCGAGCGCAAUUGCAGCGGCAGUCCAGAAUCGAAUUGGAUGACGCUUGGGUUAAAUAUAAAGGUAUCGCGACACCGCCUUCUCGCCACAAGCAGAUAAUUCAGAAACCAAACGAGAAAUCACCUCAAGAGAAACUUUCAGAUAUGCUUAAAUAUAAAAAGGAACAGGAGUCCGAGUUAAACUCUACAAACCGAUUUUUUAGAGGAUUCCGACGUGAGAAUUCAGAUCUUUUUCCGUUAACAAGUACACGUCAUUCUGCUAUUUACUUCCCGAAGCAUGAGAAUCAAGUAGGAGUGAACAAACAGUUAAGAUCUAGCGGUAUUUUUAAUCAUUCGCGUAAGCAAAUUACGAAGCCUGCUACGUCGGGAGAGCCGGUACUAACAGACUUCAUAAAAAUGAAUGACAGUCUCAAAAUGUCGCAAGUGGAAAACAAAAAGAACGUUGCUAAAAAAUCAUCCGCCAACAACCCUAUAGAGGCGUUAAAAAAUGUCGCAGUUUUGAUUAGGCAAGAAAGUGAAAACAAUGGUGCGAGUCGCCAGAGUAGCAUCAAUAGUGACUCUCCGUCGACUAGCAUUUGCUUUAGCAGCAGCACGUCAUUUGAAAAAAAUGGCACUCUCGAUCUCACAGCUGAUACGCUUGAAAACAAAUCCCAAGAUAAGAAUUUCGACUCGAAUAAUGUAGUCAAACCUCGCCGAGAAAAGACGGAAUCGGAUAUUGUAUUCCGAAGAAAUUGUCACUAUAACCGAAACACAGACGUAAUGGGGAGUUGUGGGCAGGAAGCGGUACUCGCACAGGAUCAGGGCCGAUCAAGUGGUGCGAAUGAAGGAAGUGGAUCACGGACUAGCUCCGUUCUCCCGGAUUUGCUUAGCCAAGCGGGACAACCAACCACUCCACCGCGUCACGACAAGUCAACCAGCGAAGAGAAGCAGCGUUCGUUUCUUACAUUCGGGUUCGGUGCGGGAUCGACGGGCAGUGGCACUGGUGGAUCGGGAGGCAAUGCGUCGCGUCGCGAGAGUCACGUCAAUGUUAACGUUACGCCGACUGGGCACGACCUUUCGUCGGACACACCCGAAAUACGCAAAUACAAGAAGAGAUUUAAUUCAGAAAUACUGUGUGCUGCUUUAUGGGGGGUGAAUUUACUCAUUGGCACGGAAAAUGGUUUAAUGUUACUCGAUCGCUCUGGUCAAGGGAAAGUCUAUCAAUUGAUCUCACGACGCCGCUUCCAACAAAUGGAAGUAUUAGAAGGACAAAAUAUUCUUGUAACUGUAUCUGGAAAGAAGAACAGAGUUCGAGUGUAUUACCUUAGUUGGUUAAAGUCUAAAAUCUUACGCACAGAUGGCCUAAGUGACCAAGUUGAAAGGCGAAAUGGCUGGAUAAAUGUAGGAGAGCUACAGGGUGCCGUGCAUUUUCGAAUUGUUAAAUAUGAGCGAAUCAAAUUUUUGGUGAUUGCUCUUAAAGAUUCAAUAGAAAUAUAUGCAUGGGCACCAAAACCAUAUCACAAAUUUAUGGCAUUUAAAAGUUUUGGUGAUUUGCAACACAGGCCUUUAUUAGUUGAUCUGACAAUUGAAGAAGGCACGAGACUGAAAGUUAUCUAUGGGUCAGCAGAUGGAUUCCAUGCUGUCGAUCUUGAUACAGCAAGUGUUUAUGAUAUUUAUAUUCCAAAACAUACACAGGGAGCUAUCAUUCCUCACUGCAUUGUUCCACUGCCAAAUUCCAAUGGUGUGCAACUACUACUAUGUUACGAUAAUGAGGGUGUUUAUGUUAAUACUAAUGGACGAAUUAGCAAGAAUAUAGUUCUUCAGUGGGGUGAAAUGCCAACUUCGGUUGCAUACAUUGGCACAGGUCAAAUAAUGGGAUGGGGCAAUAAAGCAAUAGAAAUACGCUCGGUAGAAAGUGGACACCUGGACGGUGUGUUCAUGCACAAAAAAGCACAACGACUUAAAUUUCUGUGUGAGCGUAAUGACAAAGUAUUCUUUUCCUCUGCCAAAGGUGGGUCUUCUUGUCAAAUAUACUUCAUGACUCUCAAUAAGCCUGGAAUGGCUAAUUGGUAG